AUGAGUGAUAAGGUAAUUGAUCUUGUUCAUAAUUUUGAGUACAUCGCAGAACAUCACGAGAUAUUUAUUGAAGAUUGUAAACUGUUUACUGUAUUUGGAGAUGAAGAAAUCGAAAAAAUUUUGAAAUUAACAAAUUUAUCUCCAAAUGAAUUUAUUAGUCUUAUUCGACACAUCCCUUCAACAGUUAACGAAGAUAAAGCAUAUAUUCAUCUCCUUAAUGCAAAUGUUUCUUUAAACAAUUUCAAAGAAGCAAUAUCAAUUCUUACUGUAAUAAAAAAAAAGAUGAAAUUUCAAUUAUUCAAUAAUAUUAUUCCAAUCUUAAUCGAAAAAUACAACAAGUUGAUUGAAUCAACGAAAACAAUUGAUAAACUACAAUCUGAACUUAAUAAUGAAAAGAUUCAAAAUCAAAAAAGUCGAAAUCAAAUCAAUUCACUUAUCACACAAAUCAACGAUAAAGAAGCACUAAUAUCAAAAAUUUCUCAAGAAAACAACAAUUUUCAGAGCGAAAAUAACAAUCUCAACAACCAAAAUAACAACCUUAGGGAUGAAAACAGCAGUUUAGCUCAGAAUAAUAGAGAAAAAUUACUUUUAAAAAGAAAGAAAUCAAAAAGAGGGAUAAUCAAAUUGCUGAACUUACAUUUGACUUGGAUCAACAUAAGUAUAAAAUCAAUGAACUAA